UCCAGAAUCUCUCCUUUCAUUCAUUCAUUCAAGAUCUUUUAUUAUUCUGCAAACUUGAUCAAUAAACACCAUGGGAAAUUGUUGCAAGAGUGCAUCGUCGUCGGUCGUAUGGGCCGAUGACGAUUGGGCGUCAAUGGCACAUCACAAGCAUCAUCACGCUACAAUGUUUGAUGGAGCUGAUGACCAUGAAGAACAUGGUGCUAACGUGGAGAGACAGAGGCUACUGGGCACAGGUUCUUUGUCUUCAGGUUCUGCUAGGGAGGUGAAGAUUAGGAUUACAAAGAGGGAGCUAGAAGAGAUAAUGGCAAGGGUUGGUAUUCAGGGAUUGUCCACGGAACAAGUCCUGGGUAUGUUGGUAAACUCUAAUGAUCUUAAAUUUGGAAUGGAUCUUAAUCAUAAGCACUGGAAGCCUGCCUUGCAAAGCAUUCCUGAAGUGAAUUAAUGGAUUGUUCAUGUAGAAACCAAGUUCCUUUGAUUACCCUCCUCGAUGUUUUUGUUAGGGGAAGUUCCCAAAUACUUGAGGUAUAUUUGUAAAUUUAGGAAGGCUGGAUAUAUGAUAAUGUUCAUGUACAUCUACUCCUUAUUUAAUUAUAAAAAAUUAUUUUUUUCCUUUUCA